AUGCCGGGGGGCGGCGGGGCCGCGGCCGGCGGCAGGCGCCCCCCGGGCGGCGAGGCCGCGGCGGCGCCGCGGGACGAGGAGCAGGACGAGGAGGGCGAGGAGGAUCUCCGCGACGGGGGCGUCCCCUUCUUCGUGAACCGCGGCGGGCUGCCCGUGGACGAGCCCACCUGGGAGAGGAUGUGGCGGCAUGUGGGCAGGAUCCACCCCGAGGGCGACGGGGUGGCGCGUCGGAUUCGCGGCGCCGCCGACCUGCCCAAGAUUCCCAUACCAAGCGUGCCUACGUUCCAGCCGUCCACCCCCAUCCCUGAGCGCCUGGAAGCUGUACAGCGCUACAUCAGGGAGCUUCAGUACAAUCACACUGGGACACAAUUCUUUGAAAUUAAGAAGAGCAGACCUCUGACUGGGCUGAUGGACCUGGCCAAAGAAAUGACCAAAGAGGCCCUGCCAAUCAAAUGCCUGGAAGCUGUGAUCCUGGGAAUUUACCUCACCAACAACAUGACCACGCUGGACCGUUUCCCCAUCAGCUUCAAAACCCACUUCUCAGGGAACUACUUCCGACACAUUGUGCUGGGGGUGAAUUUUGGAGGCCGCUAUGGAGCACUGGGUAUCAGCCGGCGUGAGGAACUCAUGUACAAGGCACCCAUUUUCCGCACACUGAGUGAGCUUAUCUUUGACUUUGAAGAGGCAUAUCGCCGCUGCUGGCACACCCUCAAGAAGGUGAAGCUAGGCCACUGUGUGUCCCAUGACCCACACAGUGUGGAACAGAUUGAGUGGAAACACUCCAUCCUGGAUUUGGACAAGCUAAGCCGGGAAGACUUCCGUAAAGAGCUUGAGAGACAUGCCCGUGAUAUGAGGCUGAAGAUUGGCAAAGGAACAGGGCCACCAUCUCCCACCAAGGACAGGAAGAAAGAUGUUUCCUCCCCACAAAGAGGUCAGGCCAGCCCCCAUCGGCGCAACAGCCGUGGGGACCGACGGCCAUCUGGUGAGAAGAAGCCUGCUGAUUCCAAAGCCAUGCAAGACCUCAAUGGGUACCAAAUCCGAGUGUGAAGAGAGCUGUGCCUUGUGUGUCUGGCUCCAUAGACUCCUUGUUGGCCACAGCUGGGACCAGAAUCCAUCUGCAGCAAUUCUGGCAUAGGGGAAGGGAGAGUGGGAGUAGAACAGAGUGCUGGUCUUACCAGGUACAUUGCAGUGGGCCAGCCCCAGAGCUGGUCCCAGAGGAUUCAUCUGCCUGCUUCUGGGAGAGAUGUCCAUCUCAAUUCACUGAAGCAAAUGUGGAGGUUUUUCGUUGGUUUGGGGUUUUGGGGGGAGGGGAUUGUUUGCUUUUCUAGAACAGAUCUGCAUGUUGGUAGGAAUGUGCUUCAGGGAGAAUAGGGAAUGAGUGCAGUCAGCAGACUUGCUAUCAGAUUUUUUGGAUUGACAGCAAGUAGAUGAAGCAUCGCAUCCAUAGUGCUCCUUCCCUGUCUGCACAAAUCUUGAGCCCGUGCAAAGCCCAUGGAGCUGAGUGAUAUUGGAAUGGGACAGCCCCUGCAUCUUGUGCAAGAACUCCUAUUUUUGUCAUUCUGAGCACUUUAAUGCUGCUCUUGUGAGAGAUGGGGCUGAUUUUGCUCAGUCUCUGUUUCAUUAAUCAUGCAAGAACCUCUCAUCUGGAGAAAACACAUCUUGGGUUUAAUCCAGCCUAUUCUGAUGCAUUUCAUUGAGUCUGAGGGAGCAGACAGUGGGAUGAUGGUAUCUUUACCUGUUUCAAUGCUGUUAGACUGUUGCAGUAUAUCCUUUUGUGGCAGGAUAGGUCAGGAUGUGCCUGUGCCAUUGCUAUGUGAAAACAGAGAUAUUAAUUGUCCUGGCAGCAGAGGGGGAAGGCAGGGGCUGGUUCAGCACCUGAGUUUUGAAGUCUCUCUUCAUCUGUAGUAGCUGCCAGUGACUGUUAUAGUGAAAGUGGGCAGAAGGCACACCACUCACAAAGCUACAAGUUUUAAGACUAAUAAUUGAAGGAGGACUGGAUGAUCUGAACAAGUUUUACAAGCAUCUUUCCUUUCUGCAAGAGUCUUGUUCCUCCAUUUCUGCAGUACUAGCAUCACAGGCCUGGAACGCCAGCCCUGAGCAUGCGCUGGUGGGAAGCCCUGCUCAAGGAGAUUGCAGCUGCUUUCCUGACAGUUCCGCUGGGAGCGCUGAAGGUAGUCCCACAUCCCAACCUCAGAGUUGGGCUGGGCUUUUCUGACCAGUCACAGCCUUAACAUUUCCUGAACUUCUUUUCAGGGGAAUGUAGUACCACUGAUUAUGCAGUGUAAUACCUGUGAGAAAUCAGGAGUGUUGUCAGGUCUGUGAGGCCUACAGCCUGGAAACAGACUGGUUGCCAGAUGUCAAUACAGUGUAGCCUUGAAGUGAUCAGGAUACACGGAUCUAGGGGAUGCAGAAACUCAGCUUGGGAGUUGGAGGGUUGGAAAGAAACUGAGCCUUGUUUUAUCACAUUAACAAGGAGUUAAACUCUCUGAAAUACUAAAUAUUUAAGUUUGUUAGAACUGGGCUUAUACUUUCCAGUGGAGUCAUUAGAAACACAAUAGAGCUUAGCUCUCUAGCAGUUUUGUGUCACAGUAUAGUUGUGUCACACUGUCACAUAAGCAGUGCUAUUUUGGUGGCAGAGAAUGGGCUCUUAUCUCCCAAACAAAAUGGCUCUUCAGUUGAGUUACAGUAGUGUUAAUCCUUGAAGCACUGCCCACAAGUGUUUUAACUCAAGCCUUCAGGUCUCUAAUUGUACAUCCUUCACUGUGAUGUAACUUGCAAGGCACUAACUAGGUAUGUAUUGAUACAACUGCAGUCUGUUCUUCCAAGCUCUCCUAGUUGUCUGUACUCUUCUGCCACGCUGCACAACCAGGAGGAGAAUCCACAGUGAGGUGUCAAAACUUGCUGCUGAUCCAAGAUAGAUUAAUCCUGAAGAGGAUGCUAGUAUCCACAGUGCAUUGCAACACUUGUUCUCCCUUGCACUCCAGCUACUGACUGGAGUACUGACACUAGACAGUACCAAGGCAAGCAGCCAUUUGACUGUUUCCUCUGGCCAAUUUUGUGCAGCUGUAAAUUAGCAUACUUAGUAUCUGGAUGCUAAUGGUGAUAGCUGUAAAGGUACCACAGCUACCUGUAAAUAACAUGGCUCACAGGAAAGCCAUUAGCUGCCUUCUCAUACUGUUGUGUAGCACACACAGUUCAGGUGUCACUGUGAAUGCUACAGUAAAUGCAAGCAGCAAGGGAGACUGAAUGUUAGGUUUUAUUAAAGUGGAUGAAAUUCAGAAAAAUACUGUAAUACACAGUCAUAUAAAACUAGGACAUAUACCUUUUUUGGGUUGGUUAGUUAACUCGGAACAAUUGGAAAGCUCUUGAGAAUAAUUAGUAGCUUUACACUGAGCUCAUUCAAUAGCUGGAUAGGUGUGAGCCUUUUCAGAUGGAAAGGAGGGGGGAGAAGACUUCAAAAGGGCAAGUGAAGGGUCAGCUGCAUGCUAAUGAUGCUUUUUUGAGAGCAGGGCAAAAGGAUGCUCAGCAGUGUUAGACCUCUAGGGCAGAAUGCUUGGUUUGACCCAGUAAUUAAGCACUUUUCUGCAGGAUGUAAGGAUGUAACUGAGGCCAAUGGUUCAGAAAAUCAAAGGAAGAAGAUGUUUAAGGGAUGAGUGACAGGUAGAGUUCAAGGUCUCUCAAUCCUCAUCCUUCAGAGCACUCACUAGCUGGAGCCAGACAAGAAUAUCCUCUUUCAAGAGCUAGUUGCAUAAUUAUGUAUGUUAGUAGUCUUUUAAUUUUUAUGUAUCAUCUCACACUGAUGACUUCUCAAGAUGGACAGAGGACCAGACACUGAGGCAUCUACUAGGGUUACUGUUGCAAGCUUUCUGCUGUUUCUUGGAGUGGUAAACCUCCUGCCUCUUGCUCCUUCUGUAUCACCAGUUUAAUGGAUGGUGCAAAGAAAUACAAAAUGACCUAAGAAUUUGCAUCUCUGUAAUAAGAUGAAUCACUUCAGUAUAAAGUGUAGGUUCCUUGCCGAGAUGACAAAGAGAACACCUGCAACUCCCAAACUUGACACAGAGGAUUUGUGUGGGCUAGUUUUAUGGCUAAGUAACUUGAGGGUACAGUGAAGGAUUAACCUUGCUUUUGCAAUUCAACUUUCCUCUCUAGUUUAUAGUCUGUCUGCCUCAAAACCUAAGGAAAAAAAUCUGAAGUUGAUUCUUGCUCACUCUUCUGUUCUUUAGCGAAACAGAGAAUGAAUGGAAGUAAAAAUAAAGUUUAACUCAUAUGCCUUAGCAACUGCAGAACAAAAGAAGGAUCUUGAAGAUUCCUUUUAAUGAAGUAUUUAAUGUUAAAUAUUGAUGUUAUAGUUCAAGUAGUUCUGGGAUGUAAACUUCACUGUCCAGUAGGUCUCACCUGAUGUCUGUUCUGGAGUGCAAGUCCUUCUGAACCCUGUGAAAGGGAAACUGCCUCCAUACGCGGGGACUGGAUAGACACCACCUGUGUUGUACACCAAGUCUAGAUGAGGUUAGAAAGGCUUUACUUGAGCAAAUGCUGGCCUAGUGCUAGCAAAAAAUAUUUUAAACGUAAUUCAAACCUUGAAUUAAGAGUUUCUCCUUAUCCUUUUAUGCAGACAAGUCCUUUGAAACAGGGGCAAUCAAGACCUUUCUUUUAAAUGGAUGCCUGCAUUAGUGAGCAAAACUAAGAAGUUUUUCCUACAGUGUCACUCUAAAAUAAACAUCAUGUACUAAGAAGUGGGAUCAGGUCUCUAAGUCUGUGGUGUUUUGGGGUUUUUGUUUUUAAUCCUGAUAAGCUGAGGCUUUAGGAACUUAAGGUAUGUUAGCAAGUGUUUCUGCUGAGCAGUGGAGUGCUUUUAUUCAGAUGACUCUUUUAUCUGUGUGCCAUUGUAUGGGUCAGUACAUUGUAUGUUUGGAUACUUGCCAGAAUAAAUGACUGCAGAACUGCAGCUGGGAGGUAGUUUGUGUUUAUACAGUAGCUUGCUGUUGUCAAGUCUGCUUCACUUUUUUAAGCAUUUCAGGUGAGAGCCUUUAUCAGGUACCUACCCCUGACAGCAGGCUUACCUGUAGUGUUGCAUACACUGAAACAUGACUGUCUUUAAACUUGCAGAGUUGAGAAAUGAUAACAGAAGAAUCCUCUGUUGCUAAAAGGGGAGAGUCUGGAUUAGAUGGGCUUGACUCUGUUCCAGUGGUUCUGGCUAAUCCCUUCAGGUGGUUGCUUUGGCCAUUUGUGUCUUCUGCGUAAAGUAUUUCACGUGGUCCUGAUGAUUAGGAGCUAGAUAUAAGCAGGAUGUGCCCCAUGUCCGAUGCACAUUGUGUGUGUGUUUUGCUGAAGUAACGUCAUAAAUUCCAGUGGUCUUGCAUUGUUAUCCUGUAAGACCUGCAUUAAGAGAGUUUAUAACUUAACCUAAGAAAGCAAGUGCUAUUCUUGCUUGGUUUUUUUGCUCUGCCAGAGCAGAGCUCUCUACAGCCAAGCUGAACUCCUUAGGGAAUUUAAUAUUUUCAUCUGUUUCCUGAGUGGGUGUUUACGUAUAUUACAGCCGCUCUCCUUCAGAGUGUGCCGUGGCUCUGUCUGCAGAAGAGCAACUCAACUUAGGCCAAGAAGGCUACUAAAUCCCCUGUAAUCUCUGCAGAGCAGAGCCUCCCUCCAGGUCAGGGUUGAGAUGGUGCUAGUGGGAAGCAAGGGUCCCUUUCCAUGCACAUCAGUAUUCUUCUCUAGCAGUGAUAGGGUGCUCCAAAACCAUUUACAUAUUUAUCACUGGUACAGCUCAGAACUAAGAAAUUGAGGGUUUCUUUCUUUAUGAAAUAUCAUGUGUGUCUUUUUGUAAUGCAUCUGCGUGGUUCUGUGUUCUUGUAUAGCCAAUGCAGAACCUGUAUUUAGAUUUAGUUCUUACUGCACUUCCCCUAGUCCUUGAUACUUCUUCCUGCUUCCUUUCACAGUUAGACAAUAAAAUUCUCUCUGUACUGCUCUCAGCCUGUGCAGAGAAAACAA